CACAGACGCGGUAGAGCUUUGGCCUUGCCAGUGGCAUGCUGUCAAUCCUCGCUGCCCUACUCUGCAUGGAGCUAUGUCUGAGCCAGAGGAUCAACACAGGAAAACAGACUCUCCCGAAACCCAUCAUCUGGGCCAAACCUAGUAGCAGGGUCACAAAGGGAACCCCCGUGAACAUCUGGUGCCAGGGGCCUCAGAGUGCUUCAGCGUACCAACUGUACUUUGAAGGAAGCUUUUUCGCCUUGGAGAAACCAAAGCCACGUACAUCAGUGAGUAAAGCUAAGUUCUUCAUCCCACAAAUGACCUCAAACACUGCAGGGAGAUACUACUGCUUCUAUCAGAGCGGGGAGCUUCUGUCGGAACACAGCGAACUCCUGGUGCUGGUAGUUACUGGUAUGUAUGACACGCCCAACCUCAGCGUUCAUCCAGGGCCUGAUGUAACCUUGGGGGAGAAUGUGACCUUCUCCUGCCUUCUGGAAGGUGGGACAAGCAAGUUCUUUCUUCUCAAGGAGAGAGAACCCAACCAUGUCCAGCAAGGACAUGGGAACAAGAAAGCAGAGUUCCCCAUGGGCCCUAUGACCAGAGCCCACAGAGGGACAUACAGAUGUUUUGGCUCUUACAACCACCAUGCAUGGUCUUUCCCCAGUGAGCCUGUGACACUACUCAUCCCAGGAGAUGAGGGGAACACCGGCCUUGUACCCACAGACCCUACUUCUUCUCUUGUUUACUGGGAGGACAACCUUCCUACCAAAGAAUCAGGAUUACAGAAGGGCUCUGCCCUCUGGGAUCAUACAACCCAAAAUCUCAUUCGGAUUGGUCUGGCAUGCAUAGUCCUGACGGCUCUAAUAUGUCUUUUGGCUGAAGACUGGCUCAGUAGGAAGAGGGAUAAAGAGGGGAACAACAGAUCAGCAAGUUGGGAAUGCAGAAGAAGACUGAGUCUGCAAUGCUCUCUUGAAGAGGAACAAAAGGAUGCGAUUUCUAUGGGGGGACUGAAGGCAAUUCCUGGACCUGGGGCCAUAUGAGCUCUAUUCUGCCCCCUGGAGGAAGGAAGUGGUCAUUGCAGGAAUAAAGGGGUAGUGUCACCAAGUUUAGCAAAGCAUUCUAAAGGGCAUGGUGAGAUGAAGCCUACAGUUUCUACUGUAGACAGAUUCUUGAUGUCUCUGUUAAGCUUUAAGUACUUUAAUGCUUAUUUACCCCAAGCUAUACUUUUAACCACUCUUGUCUUUCCAUUAACAUUUAGCAAGAUUUAAAGAAAAUAUUCUAUCAUCUAUUCUUCUUUGUGAGUCUAACGCCCUAUAUGUAACUUAUCUUUAAUCCUAACUAAGGAAAACUAUAACCAUAACUUUCUGUCUUCAGCUCCUUCAAAGACCACAGAAGGAUAAUAUAUAAACUCUAGAAAUGACAGAGACAACUCGCCUGGUCAGUCACCUGAAGUUCUUCUGUAAUGUUCCAUCUUCAGCCUAUAGGCCAUAGUGUGUCUGGCAGACUCCUCAGCAAAGCAGGAAAGUUUAAACUGUCCACCUGCCCUGGAAGUUUGUUAGUCAUUUUUCUCUGUGUCCUGUAGACUGUCUGGCAGACUCUUCCAUGAAGCAGGAACCCUGUAGCAAAUAAGGAUUCCAGAAGGAGUAGGGAGGAGAUUCAAGAUGGAGGAUGGAGAGAGAAGAACCUGGGGCCUCUCUCCUGUAAGAUAAGACCACGUGGAAAUACUUAGAUUAAUAGAAAUGGGUUAAUAUUUAAAACAGAGAUAGCUGAUAAGUAACUGACCAACAGCUUUAUAGCUAAAAAAAAAUCCUAAAACUCAUCAUGGAUUCCAACAAGCCAAGCUAAAACCAAAACAGAGUCAUACAUGCUAAGAUUGUAGAUGCAUAUGUUAAAACAAAUAAAUCUAGAUUCCUAUGAGAGCAAACACAAUUACUUGUAAUUUGUUUCUCCCAUUACUAUCUCUUGUCUUUCCCCCUCUCAAGUCCCCUUUGGCUUUCAUGACUCUUUAAUGUUUGACAGCCACAUAAAACAGACUCUUGGGACAUUAGCACUGUGAAAUGACACCCACCCUGGCAUGGAC